AUUGCAACUUAUGGAAGAUGCUGAGAACUCUGCAGAGGUUACAUGGAUCCUAACACCACUGUAAGAAUGAAGAGAAGAGCCAUUAUAAUGGUUGGGCUGUGGGUGGCCUGCCUCCUUGGUCUGGCAGCUUCUCUGGAAGAAAUUCUUUUGGAUACGACUGGAGAGACCUCUGAGAUUGGCUGGACUGCCCAUCCUCAUGAUGGGUGGGAUGAGGUGAGCGUCUUGGAUGACCGGAAGCAUCUGAUCCGAACCUUUGAGGUGUGCAAUGUUGCUGAGCCAGGCCAGAAUAACUGGCUGCGUACUCAUUUCAUAGAGCGGCGCGGAGCUCGCCGGGUCCACAUCCGCCUCCGCUUUUCCGUCCGCGACUGUGCUAGCAUGAGGACUGUGGCCUCUUCCUGCAAAGAGACCUUCACCCUUUACUAUCAUGAAGCGGAGACAGAUGUGGCCACUCCGGAGCAUCCCGAGUGGCAUGAAGGACCAUGGACCAAGGUGGAUACCAUUGCAGCUGAUGAGAGUUUCUCGCAGGUCGACAGCACUGGCAAGGUGGUGAAGAUGAACGUGAAGGUGCGCAGCUUUGGGCCCCUCUCCAAGAGAGGCUUCUAUUUGGCCUUUCAAGACUCGGGGGCCUGCAUGUCCCUGGUGGCUGUCCAGGUGUUCUUUUACAAGUGCCCAGCGGUGGUGAAGGGUUUUGCCUCUUUCCCAGAGACGUUUGCUGGAGGCGAAAGGACUUCGCUUGUGGAGGCGCCAGGGACUUGUGUGGCCGAUGCAGAGGAAGCAAGCACCACAGGCUCCUCUGGAGUGAGGUUGCAUUGCAAUGGGGAAGGCGAGUGGAUGGUGGCCAUCGGGAGGUGUGCCUGCCGUGCUGGUUACGAGCCUGUGGAUGAUGAGAGAAUCUGCAAAGCUUGCACAAUUGGCACCUUCAAGGCUUCGGUGGGAGAUGCCCCCUGCAGUCUUUGCCCUGCCCACAGCUAUUCUUCUACGCCAGGCUCCAGCGAAUGUGCCUGCUUGAGUCGAUACUACCGUUCAUCGUCUGAUACCUCUGAUGCUCCUUGUACCAGCACCCCAUCAGCCCCCCGUGACCUCAGCUAUGAAAUUAUUGGUUCCAAUGUGCUCCUGACCUGGCGCCUCCCAAAGGAUCUGGGAGGCCGAAAAGAUGUUUUCUUCAAUGUCAUCUGCAAGGUGUGCCCAACAGGAUCGCCAGGGCCUUGUGUGCGUUGUGGGGACAGCGUCCAGUUUGAGCCGCGUCAGGUGGGGUUGACGGAGAGCCGGGUGCAAGUCUCCAACCUCCUGGCCCGUGUGCAGUAUACCUUCGAGAUCCAGGCAGUCAACCUUGUGACUGAGCUGAGCCCAGAUGCCCCACAAUAUGCUGCCAUCAAUGUUAGCACUAGCCAAUCAGUCCCUUCUGCUGUCCCCAUGAUGCACCAGGUGAGUCGCACAACUGGCAGCAUCACCUUGUCCUGGCCACAGCCAGACCAACCUAAUGGGAUCAUCUUGGACUAUCAACUGCGCUAUUUUGACAAGUCAGAAGACGAGGACAACUCAUUCACUGUCACCAGUGAGACUAACAUGGCUACUAUCUCCAGUCUGAGUCCAGGGAAGAUAUAUGCCUUCCAGGUACGAGCCCGAACAGCAGUCGGUUAUGGGCCAUACAGUGGGAAGAUGUAUUUCCAGACCCUGGUGGGAGGAGAGCGCUCCGAGAUGGUACAAGACCGGCUGCCACUCAUUGUUGGUUCGGCGCUUGGUGGUCUCGCCUUCCUGGUCAUUGCUGCCAUUGCCAUCCUUGCCAUCGUCUUCAAGAGCAAGAGGCGGGAGACUCCCUACACAGACCGCCUGCAACAGUACAUCAGCACCCGGGCCUUUUCCCUCACAGGUCUCGGGGUCAAGUAUUACAUUGACCCCUCCACCUAUGAAGACCCCAAUGAAGCCAUCCGGGAAUUUGCCAAGGAAAUUGAUGUGUCUUUUGUCAAGAUUGAAGAGGUCAUUGGAUCAGGAGAGUUUGGCGAGGUAUGCUUUGGGCGCCUGAAGCCUCCAGGGAAGCGAGAAUACACAGUGGCUAUUAAGACUCUGAAGGCAGGCUACACAGACGAGCAGCGUCGGGAAUUCCUGAGCGAGGCCAGCAUCAUGGGACAGUUUGAGCACCCGAAUGUCAUCCGCCUGGAGGGCGUGGUCACCAAGAGCCGCCCCGUCAUGAUUGUCACAGAGUUCAUGGAGAAUGGCUCUCUGGAUUCCUUCCUCCGGCAAAAAGAAGGGCAGUUCAGCGUCCUGCAGCUCGUGGGCAUGCUGCGGGGCAUAGCGGCCGGCAUGCGCUACCUCUCAGACAUGAAUUACGUUCACCGGGAUUUGGCUGCCCGCAACAUCCUGGUCAACAGUAACCUGGUUUGCAAAGUGUCGGACUUUGGCUUGUCGCGGUUCUUGGAAGACGAUGCUUCGAAUCCAACUUACACGGGAGCCUUGGGUGGCAAGAUCCCUAUUCGCUGGACUGCCCCAGAGGCCAUCCAGUAUCGCAAAUUCACAUCCUCAAGUGAUGUCUGGAGCUAUGGCAUUGUGAUGUGGGAGGUCAUGUCCUAUGGCGAGAGGCCCUAUUGGGACAUGUCCAAUCAAGAUGUCAUCAAUGCUAUCGACCAGGACUAUCGCCUGCCACCUCCCCCAGACUGCCCCACUGCCUUGCACCUACUAAUGCUGGACUGCUGGCUGAAAGAACGAGUCCAAAGGCCCAAAUUUGAGCAGAUUGUCAAUAGCCUGGACAAGAUGAUCCGCAAGCCUUCCGCCCUCAAAGCCACUGGCACAGGGAACAGCAGACUGUCCCAGCACCUGCUGAGCAACUCACCCCCAGAUUUCCCUUCACUCACCAAUGCUCACGAGUGGCUGGAUGCCAUUAAAAUGGGCCGCUACAAGGAGAACUUUGACCAGGCCGGGCUGACUACCUUUGACGUUAUCUCACGUAUGACUCUAGAAGACAUCCAGCGCAUUGGCAUCAGCCUGGUGGGUCAUCAGAAGAAGAUUCUCAACAGCAUCCAACUCAUGCGGGUUCACCUCAAUCAGCUUGAACCUGUUGAGGUCUGACACAGAGAGCACACCUCCAACCCCCUUUAAAGGACCUGGAGAUUUAAAUGAACCUUUUGUUGUAAAAGGGAAAACAGAGCAGUAAUUGCCAGAAAUUUCAGGCGUCAAUGGAGGGUGCAUGGAAUGUUGCACUCUGCUUCACAGACCAGAGCCCUCGAGGGUUUGUGGGGCUUUUUGUUUGUUUGUUUCAUAACUUGAGACGUUACAAGACCUUGGCAUUUAGAAAUGGGUGAAAUUGUACAUUGGGGUGGGGAAUUAUUACAUGGAGUAGAACUGGAAAGAUAGCUUUGGAGUUGGAAACGGACCCACAGCCCUCUCAGUGGCAAUGUGUGGGCUUUAACCCAUUGCUGACAUGUCAGUGGAUUGGUAGCUAGAGCUGGGAACCUCUCAGAGCCAUCAAAAUAGGAUUAAAUGGAGGGCUGAAAGACUGCUUUGUUCGGCCAGGAGAGUGUGGUUCUUAGAAGAGCAACAAGUGCCAGACAGCUAUAUGAUAAAGCAAGAUGAUGUGGAUGCUGCCUCAGGCCAUGAAUUUCAGGCAGUGUUAAGAGGGGCAAAGUAGGCAGCAGAGAGAUCUGGGAACUGGGUCCCCUUUAUUUCAGUGGGACUUGCUUUGGACAACUUCAUGAUGGAUUGGACCCAAUGCUAAUUAGGGAGAGAUGACUGAAGAGUGUUGUUUGGCUUUUUCACUUCAGGACCAAAACAUCUUGGACCAUCCAUGGGUUCUGGUGUAUAUUCUAACUUGGUCUCCCUGAGAGGGAACAGAGGUGGUGGUAGACAAGAGACACAGAAAGCCUCAAUUUUUGUCACAGAGAAUGGCCACCACAUUUGUUUAGACAGCAGAGGGUUCUUUCUUUGCAGUUUCCAACUGGCUAUUCAGACCACAGGAAAUGAAAUAAAACAUUUGACUGAGAAA